AUGCUAGAUGAGCACAAUAAGUUAGUGAAAGUAUUCCGUCGGGCUCGUGAUUAUAUUCAUGCUCAUGAGGGACAAACUAUCAAAAUUAGACUUAUGCAUAGGCGUGGGAGAAAUGUCCGCCAAUAUGAUAUGCCAACCUCUGAAAAUGAGAUAGCUGCUUUAAUUGUAGAAGAUAUUAGAUCCACUGAAUACGGUCGAGAUAUCAUCGUUCAAUACAAGACAGGAUUAUUACAUAAGAUACAUGAAAAUCAUCCUGACUUUCUGCCUCUACAGUAUCCAUUGUUAUUUCCAUAUGGUGAAGGGGGGUAUGAUGAAAAAAUACCUCAUGUGGUAAGAGGAGAGGCACCAGUAGCCAAGAUUACCUAUGUUUCUAUGCGUGAGUAUUUUGCUUAUAUGAUACAGGACAGGAAUACUGAAUAUUCUUCAAUAUUGCAUGGUGGGAAACUUUUCCAACAAUUUGUUGUUGAUGCAUACACAAUGAUAGAAUCAUACAGGCUAACCUUCAUAAGGAAUAAUCAACAACAACUACGAGCAGAAAUGUAUAAAGGGUUAAUAGAUGCUUUGUUGUUGGGUGAGACUGAUGCAGCUGCAAGGGGAAAAAGGAUCAUCCUUCCUUCAUCAUUUACUGGAGGAGCACGUUACAUCAUGAAUAAUUAUCAAGAUGCAAUAGCAAUUUGCAAUUGGGCUGGUUAUCCUCAAUUGUUUAUCACAUUUACCUGCAACCCAAAAUGGCCAGAAAUAACAAGAGCUUUAGAAGAAGAAGAUUUACGACUUGAAGACCGUCCAGAUUUUCUAACAAGAGUUUUCAAGAUGAAAUUGGAGCAUCUCAUGCAAGAUUUGAAGAAGGGUGAUAUUUUUGGUCCCAUUAAAGCAGCAUUGUAUACAAUUGAAUUUCAAAAGAGAGGCCUUCCCCAUGCUCACAUCAUUUUGUUUCUAGCAAACCAAUCCCAUCUUGAUUCUCCUCAAGAAAUUGAUCGAGUCAUUAGUGCUGAAAUACCGAAUAAAAAUGAACAGCCAGAAUUGUUUGAAGCUGUUAGUAACUACAUGAUGCAUGGACCAUGUGGUUUAGCUAACCCAAAAUCUCCAUGCAUGGUUAAUGCGAACCAGAAGAACAGCGAAGACGGAGAGGAACGAAAGGUGGGUCACGGCCCACCGGGGAUUAACUCCCCUCCCCCAAAACCAACAGUGGGUGGCCGCGUGCCACCCACUGCUCAUUUAAAUGUUGAGAGAUGUAAACAUGGGGAAUCAAUUAAGUAUUUGUUCAAAUAUGUGAGUAAGGGUCAUGAUCGAGCUACCAUAGCCUUUUACGAUGAGUCUUCAUCAGGUGAAAGGGAAGUUGUUCAUGAUGAAAUUAAAAUGUACUAUGAUGUUCGGUAUUUGUCUCCAUGUGAAGCUGUUUGGAGGAUUUUUGGCUUUGAUAUAAACUAUAGAACUCCAUCAGUUGAAAGACUUUCCUUCCACCUACCAAAUCAGCAAACAAUUAUUUAUGCAGAUGAAGCUAACCUUGAUGAUGUGGUUAACCAUAAUGAAGGCAAACCAACAGUGUUCCAAGCUUGGAUGAAGGCAAAUGAAAAAUAUGAUGAAGCACGUGCUUUAACAUACUCUGAAUUCCCAACCAAAUUUGUGUUCAAAAAACCUGGUCAUUAUUGGGACUUUAGAAAAACAGGAUUCUCUAUUGGAAGAAUAUGCUAUGUUCCCCCUGGCACUGGAGAAGCCUUUUAUCUUCAUAUGUUGUUAGCAAUUGUUAAAGGGCCAAGAUCUUUUGAGGAAUUGAGAACUGUUGAUGAUGUCCUCCAUCCUACAUUUAGGGAUGCUUGCUAUGCCCUAGGGUUACUAGAGGAUGACAAAGAGUACGUUGAUGCUAUUCAGGAGCAAUCAUGGAAAUUAAUGGCAGAGGACAUACUUUAUAGCCAACAACAGUUGACAGGCCAUCCUGGACUUUCUCUUAGUGAUGCUGAAUUGCAAGACCAUGCUUUACAUAAAAUUGAAGAUUUGCUACAACUUAAUGGGAGAAGUCUUCAAGAUUAUCCAACAAUGCCUUAUCCAGCUCAAUCAUUAAAUGUAUCAGCGGUCAAUAAAUUGGUGCUGGCUGAGUUAGAUUUUGAUCGUAAUGUCCUUAAGGAGCAAUUACAUGUCUUUCUUCGAAACUUAACAGAAGAGCAGAGUACAAUCUACAAUACAAUAAUUGACACUGUUCAUAAUGUGCGAGGAGGGCUGUAUUUUGUUUAUGGAUAUGGAGGAACUGGGAAAACAUAUUUAUGGCAAACAUUAUGUGCAUCAUUAAGAUCUGAAGGGAGGAUUGUUCUUACUGUUGCAUCGAGUGGCAUUGCAUCACUUCUAUUACCUAACGGUAAAACAGCUCACUCACUAUUUGCAAUCCCUCUUGCCAUCACCGAAGAUUCAGUUUGCAACAUUAAACAGGGAACACCACUAGCAGAGCUUUUAAUUCAGGCCUCCUUAAUAAUAUGGGAUGAAGCACCAAUGGCAAACAGGCAUUGUUUUGAAGCAUUGGAUAGAACAUUACGAGACAUCAUUAGAAGAAAUGAUCCUAAUGCUAUAGGAAAACCAUUUGGCGGAAAAACUGUGGUGCUUGGAGGAGACUUUAGGCAAAUACUUCCUGUCAUACCACGAGGUGGGCGCGAAGACAUUGUCUUUGCUACUAUUAAUGCUUCAUACUUGUGGAAUGAAUCCAUUGUCUUCACACUGACUAAAAACAUGAGACUAACCAAAGGUCAUUACACAGAUGAUGUAGAUGCAGUAACAAAGUUUUCAGAAUGGAUUAUUUCUGUUGGAGAUGGCAAUGUUGACAUUGAACCUGACACAGAAGAUGUUAUUACCAUACCUAGAGAUUUGUUAUUGUUUCCAUUAGGGAAUCCUAUGGAUUGCAUUAUUGACAGUACAUAUCCAAGUUUGGUUGACCGCCUAGGCGAUGGGUCUUACUUCAGGGAUCGUGCUAUCCUAACAGCUACAUUAUCUGUUGUUUAUGAAUUGAAUAGUUAUAUGCUUGCAAAGCUACCAGGUGAGGAAGUCAAUUAUCUUAGUGCUGACAGUGCUUGCAAAUCAGAUGGUGCCAACAGUUCCAUAGCAGAAAUACACUCGGUUGAAUUCUUAAAUACAAUCACAAUGUCUGGAUUGCCAAAUCACAAGCUAAGCCUUAAAGUUGGUGCUCCUAUAAUGUUGAUGCGAAAUAUUAAUAAAUCUAUAGGUCUUUGUAAUGGGACUAGGUUAAUUGUCACACGUUUGGAGAAACAUGUAAUAGGAGCUGAGAUUAUCACAGGAAGCAAUACUGGCAUGCAUGUCUUGAUUCCACGCUUAACCAUCACACCAUCUGAGACGUCUUUGCCUUUCACUCUAUGUAGAAGACAGUUUCCUGUAAUGCUAUCUUUUGUAAUGACUAUAAACAAGAGUCAAGGUCAAAGUCUUCUCAAUGUAGGAUUAUUUCUGCCUCAUCCUGUCUUUACACACGGUCAGUUAUACGUUGCUAUCUGA